GUGCACCGAGCCCUGCUGGCUGCCACCAGCGACUACUUCCGGGUCAUGUUCAAAGGGGUUAUGGCUGAGAGCAGACAAGACACUGUGGAUCUGAAAGGUGUUUCGGCUGAUGGCCUCCAACAGGUCAGUCAUGUAUUCAACUUUUGUUUUUUGAAAUCUGUGUGUAAAUGUACGUUUCAUUGAAUGAGGUACUCAUGGUUGGAAAGGUAGUAAGUGCCUUCGGGGUUGGGUAGCUAGUCCCACUCCUGUUUAUGGGUAGGAGUCAAACUCCUUUAAGGGUAGAUAGUCAUACUCCUUUAAGGGUAGAUAGUCAUACUCAAUUUUUUGGGGUAGCUUUCAUACCCCUUUUGGGGAUUAACAGUCUUACUCCUUUUUGAGGGGGGGGGGGCAGCGCAUAUCACCCAUACUCUUUGGGGGGGGGGGGGUUAGCCUGGUCAUCCUUUUUUUUUUUGAGGUGGGUUUGCUAGUCAUUCUUUUUCUUUGGGGGUGGGUAGAUAGUCAUACUCCUUUAAGGGUAGAUAGACAUACUCAAUUUUUUGGGGUAGCUUUCAUACCCCUUUUGGGGAUUAACAGUCUUACUCCUUUUUGAGGGGGGGGGGCAGCGCAUAUCACCCAUACUCUUUGGGGGGAGCGGGGUUAGCCUGGUCAUCCUUUUUUUUUUUGAGGUGGGUUUGCUAGUCAUUCUUUUUCUUUGGGGGGAGGGGCAGGAGUCUUACCCCUUUUUGGGGUAGUAUUCAUACUCCUUGUUGCCUAUGUUUAUAAGGUUCUAACAAAUUUAACCUUAUUGGUACAAGAAAAAUCCUGUAACAAAGGUCUGAAAAUCAGUUUACAAAGAAAAAUGAUACCAAAGCCAGUGAUAUUAACAAUAUUCUAUUUAUACUUAAAAUUCUGACAGUCAUUCACUGUACCACACAUUCACUGGUUGCACCACAAAUUCACUCACUGCACCACACAUUCACCCACUGUACCACACAUUCACCCACUGUACCACACAUUCACCCACUGUACCACACAUUCACCCACUGUACCACACAUUCACCCACUGUACCACACAUUCACUACUAUACCACACAUUCACCCAAUGUACCACACAUUUCAUUCACUGUACUGAACAUUACUCAGCAUACCACACAUUCACCCACCAUACCACUAAUUCAGCCACAUACUCCACAUUCACUCACUGUACCAUAAAUUCACUCUCUGUACCACACAUUCACUCACUAUACCACACAGUCACCCAAUGUACCACACAUUUCAUUCACUGUACCGAACAUUACUCAGCAUACCACAAAUUCACCCACCAUACCAAUAAUUCAGCCACAUACUCCACAUUCACUCACUGUACCAUAAAUUCACUCUCUGUACCACACAUUCACUCACUGUACCACACAUUCACUUGCUUUACCUCACAUUCACCCUCUGUACCACUCAUUCACUCAGUGUACCACACAUUCACUCACUGAACCACACAUUCACUCACUUUACCACACAUUCACUCACUGAACCACAGGUUCACUCAGUGUACCACACAUUCACUCACUGUACCACACAUUCACUCACUGAACCACAUGUUCACUCACUGAAUCACAGGUUCACUCAGUGUACCACACAUUCACUCACUGUACCACACGUUCACUCACUGUACCACACGUUUGCUCACUGUACCACACAUUCACUCACUGUACCACAUGUUCACUCACUGUACCACACGUUCACUCACUGUGCCACACAAUAACUCACUGUACCACAUAUUGAUUUGCUGUUUUGAUCCACAUUCACUGGCUAAUUUAAUUUCAUCUAUUUUUAUUCCACUUACUGAAAAAUAAAAAUAAAAUGUUUAAGAGAUUGAGAUUUCUGCACCACUUGUUUAUAUGGUAAUAUUUGUUUGAGUUCAUAUGGUAGAGACACUGACCAAAUAUUUGUCUUUAUGGCAGAGUUUGUUAUAGAGUUCAGAUGGUAGAGAGACUGACCACACAUUUGUCUAUAUGGCAGUGUUUGUUUAGUGAUCAGAUGGUUGAGACACGGACAGAUCAAUCUGGUUUCCUUCUCUGAUUCCCACAGGUGAUUGACUUCAUCUACAGUGGGGAAAUGACAUUGUCUGAUGAAAACUUGACUGAAGUCAUCAACACUGCCAGCCACCUGCAGGUGGCCAGUGCCAUCCAUGUUUGUAGUUCUUACAUCAAGGUCAGUGCAAUAGGGGCCAGUGCCAUCCAUGUUUGUAGUUCUUACAUCAAGGUCAGUGCCAUAGAGGCCAGGGCCUUCCUUACUGCUAGCCAUUAAUUGCAGCCCUUGCCAAUACUAUUGGCCAUGGAUAAUAUCUCCAUAAUUUAUUUGCUAUGGAUAACAACCCCAACCCCAACAUAAUUUAUUUGACAUGGAUAAACAUCCUUGUAUUGCAUAAUUCUUUUUGCUAUGGAUAAUAACCACUGGAUAUUUUAUGGCCAGGGCUAACAACCCCUGCAUAUUUUACUUGCCAUGGAGAACAUUAGCAUUGUAUAUAAACCCCUGCCCAAUGUAUUUGCUAUGGUUAACAGCCCCCUGUAUAUUUCGGAGCAGGACUUUUUGGCGCUGCGGUUUUGGUGCGACAGUUUUGGCGCGACAGUUUUGGCGCGACAGUUUUGGCGCAGAGCCGUUUUGGCGCAGGACAUUUUGGCCCCAUUUAAAAAUAACUUUUUAUUUAACUUAACGUUGAUAAAUUUUAAAUAAAGAGAAUGCAAAAUAUAUAAAUUAAGAAACGUUUAAAAAUAACUUUUUAUUUAACGUUUAUAAACUUUGAAUAAAAAUAUAUAAAUUAAGAAACAUUUAACGAGUUACUAGUGCCAUGCAAUAUUUUACCUUUAGCAAAUGCAAAAUAAUCAACUUAUAACAACUUAAUAAUAGUUAAUGAAUCCUGUCUAAUCUUGUACCUUUAAGAAGUCUUCCGAAAUCCGUGUAUAUUAGUCCAUCAAAAAAUUAUGGGCAAGUCCUCUAAGAUGAUGAUGUUUGCAUUAUUGAAAGUUUAUAAACUUUAAGUUAAAUAAAAAGUUAUUAUUAAAUGGCGCCAAAACGUCCUGCGCCAAAACGGCUCUGCGCCAAAACGGCUCUGCGCCAAAAGGGGGAGCCAAAACUCAGGUGUAUAUUUUACUUGCCAUUCUUAAAAUGAAUUUAUUUUAAUGACCAUGGAUAUUUUAUUGGCCUUGGAUAAAAACCAUUCCAUAUUUAAUUAGCCAUGGAUUAAAAAAAAACCUGGAUAAUUAAUUUUAUGGAUAACUAUCCAUAUAACACUGGCUCUUUUAUUUGCCAUGGAUAUCAACCCAUAGGUAGUCCAUUUGCUUUAAAUUACAAAUCGUUCAUAUUACACUUUAAAAAAACUCCUAUUUAUUCCUGUUCCACCAUUCUAAUUCAAUGUUUAGUCCCUACUGACAUUUGAGAACUACGAGGAGCUUCUGUCUAUUGCUGAUACCUACUCGCUGGAUGAAGUCGUUGUGCACUGGGAAAAUAUGAUCCAUGAGCGCUUUGUGGAGUUCUCAGGGACACAGGUGAGUCUGAUAUGGGGGAGUCAGGUGUGAGGGAGUCAGAUGUGGUGGAGUCUGAUGUGGGGGCAUCUGAUGUGGGGAGUCUGAUAUGGGGGGAGUCUGAUCUGGGGGAGUCUGAUGUGGGGAGUCUGGUGUGGGGGGGGGUCUGAUGUGGGGGAGACUGAUGUUGGGGAGUCAGAUGUGGGGGUGUUUGUUGGGACACACGUUGAAUGUAGGGGAGUUCUCUGGGACACAGGUUAGAUGUGGGGGAAUAAGAUAUGUAGGAGAGUAAGAGUUUUGGGGGAGUUAGAUUUAAGAAAGUUUGAUGUGGCAGAGUUCUCAGGGAUACGGGUUAAAUGUGGGUGAAUAAAAUAUGUAGGAGAGUAAGAGUUUUGGGGGAGUUAGAUUUAAGAAAGUUUGAUGUGGCAGAGUUCUCAGGGAUACGGGUUAAAUGUGGGGGAAUAAGAUAUGUAGGAGAGUAAGAGUUUUGGGGGAGUUAGAUUUAAGAAAGUUUGAUGUGGCAGAGUUCUCAGGGAUACGGGUUAAAUGUGGGGGAAUAAGAUAUGUAGGAGAGUAAGAGUUUUGGGGGAGUUAGAUUUAAGAAAGUUUGAUGUGGCAGAGUUCUCAGGGAUACGGGUUAAAUGUGGGGGAAUAAGAUAUGUAGGAGAGUAAGAGUUUUGGGGGAGUUAGAUUUAAGAAAGUUUGAUGUGGCAGAGUUCUCAGGGAUACGGGUUAAAUGUGGGGGAAUAAGAUAUGUAGGAGAGUAAGAGUUUUGGGGGAGUUAGAUUUAAGGAAGUUUGAUGUGGCAGAGUUCUCAGGGAUAGGGGUUAAAUGUGGGUGGUUCCCCUGGACCCAGGCUAGAUGUGGGGGCAUAAGAUGUGGGGGCAUAAGAUGUGGGGGCAGGUCUCAUGGAAACUGGUUAAGUGUGGGGGAGUUUCAUAUGCUGGAAUAUUUUCAGGGACACCAUGUAAGUGUGAGGGAGUGUUAUGUGCUUGAGUUUUCAGAGACACAAUCAAGUUUAGGGGAAUUUCCAUAUGCUGGAGUUUUCAAUGAUACUGGUUAAGUGUGGGGAAGUUUUCCAUGUAUGUGGAUCUGUUACGGUUUACUUCACUGGUAGGGUCUUAGUGAAUUUUAAGUUUAAUUAGAUUGAUCUCUCUUUGAAAUAGCUUUAAGUCAAUAGGUUAGAUAUCUAGUUGGAAGUUUAAUUAUAUGACUAGUUCUAAGAGCUUUAAUCUAUAUGAAAUACAUUCUACUCAUAAUUUUUUGUCACCAGGCAUUCCUGAAAAUGGAUGGAGACAAGCUGGCCCGUCAUCUCUCACAAAACAACCUCAAAAUACCAUCAGAGUACCAGCUCUUUGUUACCUUGGACAAGUGGUUCAGGUAUGGAUGCUAAAUUUAGUUACUUUGGACAAGUGGUUCAGGUAUGGAUGCUAAAUUUUGUUACUUUGGACAAGUGGUUCAGGUAUGGAUGCUAAAUUUUGUUAUCUUGGGUAAGUGGUUCAGGUAUGGAUGCUAAAUUUUGUUACUUUGGACAAGUGGUUCAGGUAUGGAUGCUACAUUUUGUUACUUUGGACAAGUGGUUCAGGUAUGGAUGCUACAUUUUGUUACUUUGGACAAGUGGUUCAGGUAUGGAUGCUAAAUUUUGUUACUUUAGACAAGUGGUUCAGGCAUGGAUGCUAAAUUUUGUUACUUUAGACAAGUGGUUCAGGUAUGGAUGCUAAAUUUUGUUAUCUUGGACACGUGGUUCAGGUAUGGAUACUAAAUUUUGUUAUCUUGGACAAGUGGUUCAGGUAUGGAUGCUAAAUUUUGUUAUCUUGGACAAGUGGUUAAGGUAUGGAUGCUAAAUUUUGUUAUCUUGGACACGUGGUUCAGGUAUGGAUACUAAAUUUUGUUAUCUUGGACAAGUGGUUCAGGUAUGGAUGCUAAAUUUUGUUAUCUUGGACAAGUGGUUCAGGUAUGGAUGCUAAAUUUUGUUAUUUUGGACAAGUGGUUCUGGUAUGGAUGCUAAAUUUUGUUAUCUUGGACAAGUGGUUCAGGUAUAAAUGCUUUUAAGUAAACAUGCAAUGACAGAGGUGCCAAACUAACAAUCAAUGACAGAUGCCAAACAAACAAUCAAUGACAGAUGCCAAACAAUUAAUGACAGAUUCCAAACAUACAAUCAAUGACAGAUGCCAAACAAUCAAUGACAGAUGGCAAACAUACAAUGACAGAUGCCAAACAAACAAUCAAUGACAUAGGUGCCAAACAAACAAUGACAGAUGCCAAACAAUCAAUGACAGGUGCCAAACAAUUGAUGACAGAUGGCAAACAUACAAUCAAUGACAGAUGCCAAACAAACAAAACAAUCAAUGACAGAAAUGUUGAAUAAUCAAGUAAUGAAGAAAAAUGUACUAUUUGUGAGACAAGAAAUCUUAUUUUUCUUAGUUAUAAAAAACUCUUCAAUUGGGUUUCACUUUGUAUGUUGUAGUAUGUUUCUAUGUAGAUGAAUUUGCCCCAUGCUGCUUAGGGCAUCCAAAUGUAGAUGAAUGUGCCCCAUGCUGCUUAGGGCAUCCAAAUGUAGAUGAAUGUGCCCUAUGCUGCUUAGGGCAUCCAAAUGUAGAUGAAUGUGCCCCAUGCUGUGUAGGGCAUCAACAUAUCUAAAUGUAGAUGAAUGUUCCCUAUGCUGUUUAGGGCAUCUAAAUAUCUACAUGUAGAUGAAUGUGCCCCAUGCUGUGUAGAGCAUCUAAAUAUCUAAAUGUAGAUGAAUGUGCCCCAUGCUGUGUAGGGCAUCUAAAUGUAGAUGAAAUGCCCCAUUCUGCAUAGGGCAUCCAAAUAUCUAAAUGUAGAUAAAUGUGCCCCAUCCUGCAUAGGGCAUCUAAAUAUCUAAAUAUAGAUGAAUGUGUCCCAUGCUGCAUAGGGCAUCCAAAUAUCUAAAUGUAGAUGAAUGUGCCCCAUGCUGCGUAGGGCAUCUAAAUGUAGAUGAAUGUGCCCCAUGCUGCAUAAGGCAUCCAAAUAUCCAAAUGUAGAUGAAUGUGCCCCAUGCUGCGUAGGGCAUCUAAAUGUAGAUGAAUGUGCCCCAUGCUGCAUAAGGCAUCCAAAUAUCCAAAUGUAGGUGAAUGUGCCCCAUGCUGCGUAGGGCAUCUAAAUGUAGAUGAAUGUGCCCCAUGCUGGAUAAGGCAUCCAAAUAUCCAAAUGUAGAUGGAUGUGCCACCUGCUGCAUAGGGCAUCCUAAUAGGUUGAAUAUCAAAUAACUAUUUGAGGUACUUGAUUUAGGAUUUGAAGAAAAGUUUGGUCAACUAUCCAAACUGUUGAUGAACACUGGGGCCUUGGGGUUCUUUCUCUAAUGUUUACAUCAUCAUCAUCCAAAUUCAGAGGCCAUUUUGGCAUGUGCCCUUUUGCCUUCGCGAUGAAGAAUUUUGAUGUUUGUUUUUUUAUUUGUUGUGCAAGUGGUCAAUUAGCAGACCUGUUUACCCCCAAACUCUUAAAAUCGUACAAUAUUAUCACAAAAUCGUUCAAUACAUUAUAUUGAUAGUAAAAAAAAUAAAUAUACAGUAUAUAUAAUGUGCACAUCUCAAAAUCUUACAUUGUAUGCCAAAAGAGUAAAGAGGUCUGUAUUAGUUUUCCAUGGGUGUAAGAUAGGUCAAGACUGAACAUAUUAAAACAGAUUCACUUGGACAGGUGUUCAAGGGUUUAAAUAAAACACCUUCUAGGAGCAGUUGGAUUUUUUUUCCUUGAUUUGACCUCCACAGAUUUCAGGCAAAUCGCAUCAGCCAAGACUCGGCCAAGCUGCUGGGUAAUAUCAGGUUCGGCUUGAUGUCCGAGCAGGAGCUUACACAGAUCAGAGAUUCCGACACCAUCAAACGGUGCCCUGUGGGGCAGGCCAUGAUUGCAAAGGGCUACCACUAUCAUAUGGAUAGUAAAAAAGGUUUGCCAUUAACAUUUGUGUCUGUUAAAUUGCUGUAGGUCUGCACAUUGAAAAUCAUAAUCAUUGCUAUAAGACUGGUCUUCACAAUAUACAACCUGUGAGCGGCCUGUGUCCUGACAGCACCCACUUUGCGGCCCGCGAAGUAAAGAAAUAUUCUUUUUUUAUUAUGUUCUUAAUAGCUCCCCCGCCCCCAACGUUCUAUUUUAUUUCGGCGCGCACAAGUUUUAUCAUAAAGUAUUAGAGAGUGUCUUACAUUUUGAAUCGUGCAGACCUGCUAUUAGAGGUAAGGUGUUCAUAUUGAAUGUAUUUUUAUGGUUUGUACAAUUAGUUGUAGUUUUGUUAUGUGUAAUUUUCAUUGUUUUGAAUUAUAAACAAAUCAAUUUUUUUACCCCUAAAAAUGGGAAGUUGAUGACUAAAAAGGAUCAUGUAUGAGGGGCUGCAUUCAAGCUGUGUGAAGGAAAUAAUGGGACAAGGUAUGUGAAAGCUUGAAUGAAAAGACAUGACAAUAAGAUUUGAACUUUUCAGCUAAGUGCCUACCCCAGCAGACUGGAAAGAUGAAAAAUACGACAAGAAAUAGAGCAAACUUGAGUGAUCGCCAUUGUUAUAGUCGGAAGUUGGAUAUGGAACUAAUCAAAUAUUCUCCUACUAAUGAUUCUCAAUUUCCCUGUAUUUCUUUUUCUUUCUUCUUAUUUCUUAUAGUUUUAUUGAUCCUUAAAAUGUUUUGGUCCCUUAAGAUUUAAGAACCUUGUAUUUCACACUAACAAUAUAUAUUCUUUCACUUCCUGUAAUCUUGGUUUUGAAAAAUCCAACUUCCAGCUAUAACAAUGGUGAUCACUUAAGUUUUUAACUAAUAUUUUAAUUUUUCCUAUCUGCUGAGGAAGGCUCUUAGCCGAAGGUUCAUAUCUAAUUGUCUUGUCUUUUGAUUCAAACUUCCACAUGCCUUGACCUACUAUUUACUGAUGACUGUAAGAAUUUUUUAAUGAUCUCCAGUUUUCAUAACCUCUGUGCUGUUAAAUUAUUUCAUGACCCCAAGUUUUCACUUACUUGGCCUUAGUAAUCUCAUCCUGUCUGUGCAACCAUUUACUUGGCCAUAGCAAUCUCAUCCUGUCUAUGAAGCCAUUUACAUGGCCAAAUGAUCUCAUCCUGUCUGUGCAGCCAUUUACUUGGCCAAGUAAUCUCAUCCUGUCUGUGCAGCCACUUACUUGGCCAAGUGAUCUCAUCCUGUCUGUGCAGCCAUUUACUUGGCCAAGUGAUCUCAUCCUAUCUGUGCAGCCACUUACUUGGCCAUAGUAAUCUCAUCAUGACUGUGCAGCCACUUACUUGGCCAUAGUAAUCUCAUCCUGUCUGUGUAGCCACUUACUUGGCCAAGUGAUCUCAUCCUAUCUGUGCAGCCACUUACUUGGCCAUAGUAAUCUCAUCCUGACUGUGCAGCCACUUACUUGGCCAUAGUAAUCUCAUCCUGUCUGUGCAGCCACUUACUUGGCCAAGUGAUUUCAUCCUGCAGCCACUUACUUGGCCAAGUGAUCUCAUCCUGACUGUGCAGCCACUUACUUGGCCAUAGUAAUCUCAUCCUGUCUGUGCAUCCAUUUACUUGGCCAAGUGAUCUCAUCCUGUAGCCACUACUUGGCCAUAGUAAUCUCAUCCUGUCUGUGCAGCCACUUACUUGGGAAAGUGAUUUCAUCCUGCAGCCACUUACUUGGCCAAGUGAUCUCAUCCUGUCUGUGCAGCCAUUUACUUGGCCAAGUGAUCUCAUCCUGCAGCCACUUACUUGGCCAAGUGAUCUCAUCCUGUCUGUGCAGCCAUUUACUUGGCCAUAGUAAUCUCAUCCGGUCUGUGCAUCCAUUUACUUGGCCAAGUGAUCUCGUCCUGCAGCCACUUACUUGGCCAAGUGAUCUCAUCCUAUCUGUGCAGCCAUUUACUUGGCCAUAGUAAUCUCAUCCUGACUGUGCAUCCAUUUACUUGGCCAAGUGAUCUCAUCCUGCAGCCACUACUUGGCCAUAGUAAUCUCAUCCUGUCUGUGCAGCCACUUACUUGGCCAAGUGAUUUCAUCCUGCAGCCACUUACUUGGCCAAGUGAUCUCAUCCUAUCUGUGCAGCCACUUACUUGGCCAUAGUAAUCUCAUCCUGUCUGUGCAUCCAUUUACUUGGCCAAGUGAUCUCAUCCUGCAGCCACUUACUUGGCCAUAGUAAUCUCAUCCUGUCUGUGCAUCCAUUUACUUGGCCAAGUGAUCUCAUCCUGCAGCCACUUACUUGGCCAUAGUAAUCUCAUCCUGUCUGUGCAUCCAUUUACUUGGCCAAGCGAUCUCAUCCUACAGGUACUACUUGGCCAAGUGAUCUCAUCCUGCAGCCACUUACUUGGCCAUAGUAAUCUCAUCCUGUAUAUGCAACCAUUUACUUGGCCAAGUGAUCUCAUCCUGUCUGUGCAGCCAUUUACUUGGCGAAAGUAGUCUCAUCCUGUCUCUGCAGCCACUUACUUGGCCAAAGUAAUCUCAUCCUAUCUGUGUAGCCACUUACUUGGCCAAAGUAAUCUCAUCCUAUCUGUGCAGCCACUUACUUGGCCAAGUGAUCUUAUCCUGUCUAUGCUACCACUUACUUGGCCAAAGUAAUCUCAUCCUUCUGUGCAGCCACUUACUUGGCCAAAGUAAUCUCAUCCUAUCUGUGCAGCCACUUACUUGGCCAAAGUAAUCUCAUCCUGUGCUGCCACUUUCUCCUCUUGGAACCACUUGUUUUAAUUGUCAUCUGUUAAUGCCCCCUACUUUUGAGGAACCCUGGUUUAAAAAGUAAUCUAAUAUAACCACUCACAUUGGGAACCCCUGUUAAAAAAGUUUAAAGAGCUUUCAUUAAUUGUGGCUCCAUCACGUUUUCCCCCCAAAAAUAUUACUCUUGUCUGUGUGUAAAAAAAAAAUUUGCCAAGACAUCUAUCUCCAUUUCAGGACACCCCACCAUUGAUGAGCACUGCAAGGUCAGGGCCAAUGAUCCAGCCAUUGUGAUGGUGCAUCUUGGUACAACCCACAUGCCCUUCCAGAUUACAGCAUUCAAUCCAGCCACCAAAUUGUUCUACUCUCUUUUCUGUGAUGUCAACGGGAUACGUGACUGCCGAGUUGCCUCUGUCGACAACUUUGCCUACAUUUGCCGCGUUAUCGACUUUGGUGGCGGCACCUUGAUGAGCUCACUGUUCAGGUUCGACCCCAGACAUUUGAUUGGUCAUGAACUGCGGCCAAUGAGGCGUCUGCGGUUGGAGUUUGCAUGCGUUUCACAUUCAAGAUGUCUGUAUGCAUUUGGCGGGACAACAGAACAGUUUGCAAUUCUGGACUCUGUGGAGUGCUACAAUGUCCAAUCUAACACAUGGGAUGAGCUGCAGCCACUUCCAGCCCCCACACACUCCCUUGCAGCCGUAUCUCAUGGCACCAAAAUCUACCUCUCUGGUGGUGUCUCGGGUCAGGACCGAGCCAUUGUCGCCAGUUUCAUCAGUUAUGACCCAGUGACCAGGCGCUAUGAGGCCAAGCCAAGCAUGUUCUACCCUCGGCGUCUUCACGACAUGAUAGCCUUCAAAACAAAGAUCUUUGCCCUUGGUGGCAUAACUCGGCAGGGAAUUCCUCUCUACGGACAGAUUCCAAUAGAAAGUUUUGACAUGACCACAAACCAGUGGACGAUGCUGUCGUCCACUCUCGGGGGACGCUCAGUCGGCCAUUACCUGUUUCUCGAUGAGGGCCAGAUACUAUCAUUGGGCCACGAGCACCACAGCGCAACGGAAGAAGAGAUGUGGCUUUAUCAGCCGGACACCGACUCGUGGUCCAAGUACUCUAAGGCACCCCAGAGGAUGAGCCUGAACUCAGCCCUCAGCACUCAGCUGUACAUCAACUUCUUCCAGGAGAAAGUGGCUGCGAAAAUCAUGAAAGACAGGUGA